CUUCUGAAAUGUUAACGUUAGUCCAGCAGGCAUGCUAUAACAUGUGUCCCUCACUUUUCUUUCUAGUGCUAGAUCUUCACCCCCUUCAUCCAUGUUUUGGCUUUCUGUGGGAUGCGUGAAUGGCUGCCCCCUUGUAUUUUGUUGCACUUCUCCAUUGCUUCUUGUGUUCUGGUGGGAACCUUGGUGAUUCUUCUCAAUUGCUACCUGAGCUCUGUGCUGGUUGCUGCUCAUCUCCCAGGGUCUUGUGCUGGCUGGUCAUGUCUCUACCUCCUUGGCACUGCCCCUUGGCAGAACCGUGGUCCCUGGUUGGCUGCGUCUAAACCCUUGUGAGGGUGGGGAAUAUUCCUCCCCCUGCUGCUACGAUUGAGCUCUGUGCUGGGUACCACAGAGCCCUCUACACUUGCUUUCAGUUGCUAAGGCAUCCCGAGCUUUGGCUGUGGCUCAGUGGUCCUGCUAUCCAAACCCUAAAACUUUCCUAGCCUCUACACUCAGUGGUAGCAGCAGGUGUUGGGAUUUCUCCAAGUUCUAAGGCCUUGGGAGGAAGAGAGUGGCUGUUGACAUAGACCUCAAGGAUUUUCAGAGUACGCCAGCCAGGAAACUUCUCCAGAAGAUAUGUAAAGGGUCGUUGCUCCAGAGAGAACUGCAAAUAUCUUCAUCCACCCCCACACUUAAAAACACAAUUAGAGAUAAAUGGGCGGAAUAACUUGAUUCAGCAGAAGAACAUGGCCAUGCUGGCCCAGCAAAUGCAGUUAGCCAAUGCCAUGAUGCCUGGUGCCCCGUUGCAGCCCGUGAACAUAAUGCAACAAUCAUUCCAAAAAAGAGGGGGGGAUUGCAUUUCGAGGUGGGAGGGAUCCCCAUAUUACACCGGCAGUGAUACCAAUUAUCAAUACUGUACAGUCGAGCCAAUGUUUUCAGUUGCACCAAGCUUAGCCACCAAUGCAUCAGCAGCCUUUAAUCCUUACCUGGGGCCUGUUUCCCCAAGCCUGGUUCCAGCAGAGAUCUUGCCGACUGCACCAAUGUUGGUCACGGGGAAUCCUGGAGUUCCAGUGCCAGCAGCCGCUGCAGCUGCUGCACAGAAGUUAAUGCGGACGGACAGACUGGAGGUGUGUAGAGAGUACCAGCGUGGCAAUUGCAACCGAGGAGAAAGCGACUGUCGGUUUGCUCACCCUGCUGACAGCACAAUGAUUGAUACCAACGACAACACAGUCACUGUCUGCAUGGAUUACAUCAAGGGGAGAUGCUCUCGGGAAAAGUGCAAAUACUUCCAUCCUCCCGCACACCUACAAGCCAAGAUCAAGGCUGCCCAAUACCAGGUCAACCAGGCUGCAGCAGCACAGGCUGCAGCUACUGCAGCUGCCAUGACUCAGUCGGCUGUCAAAUCACUGAAGCGACCCCUCGAGGCAACCUUUGACCUGGGAAUUCCUCAAGCUGUACUUCCCCCAUUGCCAAAGAGGCCUGCUCUUGAAAAAACCAACGGUGCCACCGCAGUCUUUAACACUGGUAUUUUCCAAUACCAACAGGCUCUAGCCAACAUGCAGUUACAGCAGCAUACAGCAUUUCUCCCACCAGGCUCAAUAUUGUGCAUGACACCCGCUACAAGUGUUGUUCCCAUGGUGCACGGUGCUACGCCAGCCACUGUGUCCGCAGCAACAACAUCUGCCACAAGUGUUCCCUUCGCUGCAACAGCCACAGCCAACCAGAUACCCAUAAUAUCUGCCGAACAUCUGACUAGCCACAAGUAUGUUACCCAGAUGUAGAGCUGUCGUCACAAAACAAUCAUACAAAGAGAAAAGGACAGUGUGCUUGAUUAGAGUAAAGACGACGUCAUUAGCCAUAUUGUAUAUACUGUCAAGCAACACACAAAAAUCCCUCAGCCACAAGACAUCCACAUAUUGCAUGUUAACCAGAAGAAAAGACAACAUGGGAACUUGCUGCACACUGUUGCCUACACACUUUGUACAUUCAAUUGGUAUUUGUGCUGAGGUGAUAUUCCUAUCUAAAACAACAUUGUCUUUCUUUUGUAGCACAGAGUUAUGCAUUAAAAUAUGCAUACAUAAUUAGUUUCCUAUAUAUUCAUGCCAUCUUGAAAAGACAGACUAUGGUGUAACCAUGAUUCUAUUAUGUAUUGGUACGUCUGUAGACCAAGAUAUAAUUUUUUAAAAAUAAGUUUAUUUCUUUCAAGGUUUACAAGUAACAAAGGUGCACCUUGUAUUUAAAAUCGCCGUUAGAGCUGAGAGCGCGCAUGCAGAGUCAUUUUUGUUUAAGAGUAAUAUUUUUACUGUAAUAGAUUGUAAGACAUGGUGAGGGAGGGAACUGACAGAGAUGAAUGUGCCAAGCAAAACCACAACUGUGUAUAUUUUAAAGCACAUCAUGGCUUUAAGUACCAUGUUGUUAAGGAUUCUCAUGAAGUGCCAUAGACUGUACAUCAAAUUAGAGUAUUAUUUCUUCAGUGUUAUUGUUUCUGGAGCCACAUUUUGUUGCUUAUUUGCUAGUACUAAUCAAUCAAAGGGCACCAUUCUUUUCUUUUUUGUUUUUGAAACCAAAGCUGUCUCAGAAAUGGCCAAUUUAACUUUACAGUAACAAUAGACAGCACAACACAAACUCAAUACAGAUAACCUACACAUACUGGAGAUAUAUAUGAUAGAUAUAUAAAAUUAUUUUAAUGCAUUGUAGUGUAAUAUUUAUGCAUACUCUACUAUAUAACAUGUUAUUCAAAAGGGAUAUGCCAUUUCUGAGACACAAUAACAAAAAAUAUUUGAGGAAAUUAUUUUGCUUCUAUUUAUAGCCUCUGUCAAAAGUCAAAAGACUAUAAAUGCUUUGCAGAAAUGGGUUCACGUUUGCUUACUGCUUCAUCACAGUCACAUUCAAAAUAGUGACUCUAAACAAAGAGAACAGCACUGUCAUCAGAUGCAUGAUAAACCAAAAUAUGAAAAUGGGAAAUGUUUAAUUAACCUAGUAAUUGGGUGGGUUAAGUACAUGGGUGAAUUUUAUAUGUGAUUCUUUUGUUCAGAUUAACUGCUUAUAGCCUUAGAAAGCCUUUUAAAAAAAUUUUAAAAAUAGAUGUGCAUUCAGUUUUUAAGAAUGGAUUCAUCCAAAGGAAUUCCCCUUUUUUGUGGUUUGGAUGUUGCAGCUAGUAAAGGAUAUUUUUGCUCUGUUCAGCAGUUCUAAAAUCGCUGAGUAGGGGCCAGGUCACUGGCAGUUCUAGUGUGGAAUGGGAGAAGUGAGAGUUCUGUUAUAGAACUUUCCAUACUUCCAAGUUUACUGCAAGUUUUUAUGCUUGAGAGAGAUGCUUUCUAAUAUAAGACUGAUGUGUUGAUUUUCCUGAUUGUACUGUACAUCUAUUAAAGCCUUAGAUUAUUACAUUACGGGUUGGAACCCAUACCAAUGUAAUUUCAAUCGUGUUAAGAGAGUAAUGGUGACUUCACAUGUUAUUGUAGUUAGUUAUGUUAUAGAAUAUUACUUAUUUUUCUUGUUAAAAUGUAGUUUUUCAUUUCCUACAUUUAUUAGAUUUUCAUUUUCUAUUAACAGUUGAAUACCAUUUCAGUUUUUAGACUAUUGUUUUAUUAGAUUUUACCAAUGAAUUUUUCAAAAUACAAAAAAAAAAUUAAAGUAGUUUUUUCUUCAUAACAUACUCAGUUUUAAAUUACAUGUAGUGUCAUAUGAAUAUCCGUAUUGUUAACUAAAUGAUUUAUAUUUUACUGAUUUAAUAUUACAGUGUAAGAAUGUCAGUCAUUGUUCUUGUCUAGUUUUCAUUAAAAGAACAAAGAUCUUUUAUAUGGAUAUCUUAUAAAUAUAUAAUCAUUGCUAAGUAAGAAGUUAAGUUGUUGCUAUGGCAACAAUCCUGGCAGACAAUUGAGUAAUAUUUUGAUGAUUUAUUUUGUUUGUAAUUAGUUAUUAUGAGAAGAUCUAGAUCCUAGAUAUUAGAAUAAAAUUUAUUUUCUACUGUAUCCAUUUCAAAUGUUAAAGUAUUGUUUAAUAUUUUUGAAAUCCCUGAAUAUCAGGCCUUGUUAUAAAUAAGCUGCAUAAUCAAUAAAUAGAACAAGGGACUUUUUGUUGAUAAUCCAAAUACUCAAAGUUUACGUAAUGAGAAUUUUAGCGUGUGUGCAAACUCUUGAGGGUUGAUGAUGCUGCAAUUUAGCAUGUUGGGAAGUCUAGAGAGAAGGUUGACUUUUUGCACUUCUGUAUAUAGUCAAAAGAGAGAAACCUGUAUAAUAGCAAGAUCUUAUUUUGAAUAAAAACGUCUAUAAUUACAAGGAGUUUUGUUAAGGCUAAUGAAAUGACAGACUGAGCAAAAUUGCUUGCAAAAGUGGCACAGAGUUAGCACUCCAUACCCUUCAAACACGUCGCUUUGCUUUUUGUGGACAGCUUGUAGUUUGCCAGGAUUUUUCAGCUGGAAAGAUUUGCCAUCCUUCCGAGAUCCCAUGACUGACAAAACUCCAUUGGGCCAAAUCUGCCUGAAGAUCAUUACCAAAAAAUAGCAGGUACUUCAGCCACUAAGAUGAAAUCAUGGAUCAGAUAUUCCUUACAUUGUUUUCAAAACUACUGCAUGUUUAAAACUUCAAAAAAAAAAAAAAGAGAGAGAGAGAGAGAGAGAGAGAGAAAGAACUAUGCUAAGGACAUAUAUUAUUCAGAUCGAUAUCUACCAAUUUCAGUGGUUUAAUGUUCACAAAAUGAAAUCUUGAAAACAACUAUUGACUUUCACAAAAUUUCAACUGUAAACAGGCAAACCAAACAGCACACCUGUAGUUGUUCUGUGAUUGUUUUUUAAUUGCUGUAGAUCAUGUUCUUUCCGCAGGUGAAAAAAAAAAAAGUUCAAAUUUCACAGUUUUAAUUUUAACUCAGAAGCACUCAAAAGAGCAAAAUGUGACAAUGGCCACUUGUUUAAUGACUUGGUUGCCCAGCUGUCACUGCAGCUGGCUACUGAUGUUGCACUUACCAGCAACCCACCCACCUUCAUCUGCCGAAAGGACAAUGAGCUUGGUUUUACGAUUAUGUAAUCACAACUUACUUUCUGCUUGUAGUUGCUUAAAAUUAUGUAUUUUGUCUAGGGCUGCAAUUUGUUUUAUGCUUACUUUAUUAUUACUGCAGUAGUUGACUUUGCUGUAUGGAAAAAUAAAGCGAAAUUGCCCUAAUAAAACUUCUCUUUCUUAAGUA